AUGGCCACCAAAAAGCCAAACAUCCUGUACAUCAUGGCUGACCAGAUGGCCGCCCCUCUGCUCUCACUUCAUGACAAGAACUCUCCCAUCAAGACCCCCAACCUCGACAAGUUGGCUGACGAGGGUGUGGUUUUUGACUCUGCCUACUGCAACUCCCCCCUUUGCGCUCCCUCACGCUUUGUCAUGGUGAGCGGCCAGCUGCCCUCGAAGAUUGGGGCUUACGACAAUGCGGCGGAUUUCCCAGCCGACAUCCCCACCUAUGCUCAUUACCUCCGUCGUGAGGGUUACCACACGGCCUUGGCCGGUAAAAUGCAUUUCUGCGGACCGGAUCAGCUGCACGGCUACGAGCAGCGCCUCACAAGUGACAUCUACCCCGGUGACUACGGUUGGUCGGUGAAUUGGGACGAACCCGAGAUCCGCCAGGACUACUAUCACAACAUGUCCUCGGUCAUGGAGGCCGGUCCUGUCGUCCGUACCAAUCAACUCGACUUUGACGAAGAGGUGAUCUACAAGUCUGAACAAUAUUUGUACGACCACGUACGAAACCGCACUGACCAGCCAUUCUGCUUGACCGUCUCAAUGACGCACCCUCACGACCCAUAUGCCAUGACCAAGGAGUACUGGGACAUGUACGAAGAUGUGGAAAUCCCACUUCCUAAGAACGGCGCCAUUCCUCAUGACCAGCUGGACCCUCACUCUCAGCGAAUUUUGAAGUGUAUUGAUCUGUUUGGCAAGGAAUUGCCCGAGGACCGCAUCAAGGCAGCCCGCCGUGCAUAUUACGCCGCCUGUACCUACGUUGAUACCAACAUUGGCAAGCUACUCAAGGUCCUCAAGAACACCGGUCUGGAUGAGGAUACCAUUAUCGUUUUCACCGGUGACCACGGGGACAUGCUUGGCGAACGCGGCCUGUGGUACAAGAUGGCCUGGUUUGAGAACUCCUCCCGAGUGCCCAUGCUUUUCCAUGCUCCCAAGAAGUUUGCUCCCAAGCGUGUCCCCGAGAAUGUCUCCACCAUGGAUCUGCUCCCCACAUUCGCCGGUCUCGUGGGAGCUCCCCUCGUCCCAGGUUUGCCCAUGGACGGUGUCUCCCUGGUGCCGUAUCUCACAGGCGAAGAUGGCCUCCGAACCGACACGGUUUAUGGAGAGUACAUGGGAGAGGGCACACAGGCACCGCUCGUUAUGAUUCGCCGAGGCCGCUGGAAGUUCGUUUACUCAGCGAUCGACCCACCGAUGCUCUUUGACGUGACCAACGAUCCGGAGGAGUUGAACAACUUGGCAGCUGGUCUUCCCAUCGCAUCUGCCCCUGUCCGCGAAGCUCGCGCGCCUUUGAAGUCCGCAAACCCGCUCUCCGUGGCAAUUGCCAGCUUGCCCACGCCCAGUGACUCGCCUCACGCUUCCCCAAUCCCGCAACGUGCUACCGACGGGUCAUACCCGUUCCCAUCGCCAACUCCCCCUCGCACUCCCAGCCCCGGUGAUGCGGCGCUACCCAACACCACCGACCGAGUCAAGCUUUUGGCCUACUUCCUCGAGGAAGUCAACAACAAAUGGGACUUGGAGUCGAUCCGCCAGGAUGUUCUACAGUCUCAGCGCCGCCGCCGUCUUGUCUACUCUGCUCUCAUCAAGGGCACUCCCACGUACUGGGACCAUGAGCACCGAGUGGACCCCUCCGACCCAAUACGUCCGGAACCAGGGCAAGGGUAUCCUGGACGAUGUUGA